GCUGAGCGACGCGGAAGGACGGUUAAGGUUGAGUCAUCUCACCAGAAAAUGUGCAACUUCCAAAAAAAAUAGUGUAGAGAUAAAAAAAUUGUGUGAAUUUUGUUUUGUGCGUGCCUAAAUCUGAGAAAAAACGCCAACAGUAACACGCAAUAAUAUAUAUGCAUAUAAAAAUAAUAAUAGUGUGAAAAUCCAACCUUAUGGGAAUAUAAAUGAAAGAUAAAAUUGAGAUUUGAAGUGAUUCUCAAAAUGUGCAUGUGAAAAUGGAAAGCUCACCCUCCAGUUCUAUAGAAAAGCAAAUCGAUCACUUUCUGGAGCAUUUCAAGCGCAGCGCCUCCAAGGCCAUCGAUGCCGAGUGGGGCAGUGGCAGCGAUAUCAUCAACAAUGGUCAGUCCGGCAGUCCACAACGCCAGGCGCCCUUGCAGCGCUUGCUCCAAAAGACCAAGAGUCGCUCCAGUUGCCUAGACGUUUCGGAGCUAUCGGACAACGAUGUGGAAACUGCGCUGGCCGAGUCCCAAGCUAUUGUGAUGAGUGCAUCCCAGACACAGCAGCGACAACAGCAGCAGCAGUUGAUCAACCAUCACAUGAUCGACUCCCAGAUCUCGGUUAGCAGCGGAGCAUCCAUACAGACGGCGAUCUUUCAAUCGCUCAGCAAUUCGCCGGCGCACACAAAUCGCAGCACAGGAUUGCUACAGCACACAACCUCGACGAUCAGCAGCAAUUCCACCACAUCGGUCAACUCUCAGGGUGUUGCCUAUGCCGCUGAAGCGUUGAACACGCAACGACCUGUCGAGCCGAUCAACUCUUUGCUGGAGCACAUUAGUCCUGCUCAAGCGGCGGCAGCCAUGAGUGGCGAGGGAGUGCUCAACAUAGCCGAUGUGGCUGAUUUGCUGCAUCCGCAGCAUGCCAUCAUUACGGGCGGUCGCUCCCAGGAAGGUUGUCCGUUGAUCAUCUUCCCCGACAACAACAACUUCAAUGCGAUGGAAGAGGCCGACUACCAGAAGCUCAUUUUGUACCUUAGUUCAGUGCCAUCCCUCCAAGAUGCUGAUCUCGGCUUCCAUUUGAUAAUCGAUCGUCGCAAGGACAGAUGGACAUCGGUGAAGACUGCCUUGCAGCGCAUAUCGAUAUACUUCCCCGGCAUUAUACAUGUGGUCUAUGUGCUGCGACCCUCGGGUCUCUUUCAGAAGGCCAUUUCUGAGGUGAGCUCAAAGUUCUCGUCGAAGGAUGAAUAUCGCUUCAGGCUGGUCAUUUGCUCAGCGCUCUCGGAUCUGCAUGAAUUUGUGGAUGCCACACAACUCACUCCCGACAUGGGUGGGUCUUUAAUCUAUUCGCAUCACGAGUGGAUUCAACAGCGCAUCUCACUUGAAAAGUUCUCCAGCUUGACGCAUCAGGUCUCCGCUGAGUUGGAUGUAUUUAUACAGGCCAUUCAUGACACGGAAUUCCCUAAUUCGGUGGAGGCAACCAGAAAACUACUGGAAGACCAGGGCGCCGACUAUGCACGCCUAAAGGACGAGAUACUUGCUGCAGCCAGACAUGGCGAGACGCUAUUGAAUAAAAUCAAAUCCAACGACGAGUUGAAAGAAUUCUCCGAACGCACCGGCAAUGUCAGCUCCAUUGAGAGAUCCAGUGCAGGGCAGCCAAUACAACGCCAACAAAUUAUUUAUCACCAACAAUAUAAGAUUAAGCAACCCCAACAUUAUGAUGAUUGUCGCGAUUACCGUAGACUGCUCGUCCAGCUGGAGGAAACGGAGCGUCGCUUCGACGAAUUUUGGCGGACGCAUCGCAAUCGCCUGGAGCAGUGCCUCAGGCUGCGCAUGUUCGAGCAGGACUUUCGUGAGCUGCAGAACAUCUUUGAUGGACAUCUCAAGACCGUGGCCGAUAUGACAGAGAUCGGAGAGAGCGUCGAACGGGUGGCCACGCUUAUUCAGGACACAGAACAGUUUCGUGACCUCAUCAAAUUGGAUGUGGAACAUGCCGAGACGGUCAUCCAAACGGGCCAGCAGUUGAUUGGCUCUCGGGGUGUCUAUCCCUGGGAGAUUGUCCAGCCCAAGUGCGAUGAACUGCAGCGAGUUUGUGACAUAAUCAACAUGCGGCUGACGAAACGCCUGGAGAUCUUGGCGAAGAACAGCGAACUUAUGGAGAGAGUUGAAAAGGCUAAUCAAUGGUGUGCCAAUGGUGUGGAGCUCUUGGCCUCCCAGAGAAUCGAGAAGUGCUCAGUGUCGGCCGAUCUUGCCGAGCAGAGUUUGCACGAAAUCCAAGCGUUUAUUGCGUCUGCUUCCGAUUUUAAAUUAUCCACGCCAAGUGAAUUCAAGAAAAUAUUCUUAGAAAGCACUACUCCAGAAACCAAAGCACUUGUAUCUCAGGUAUUGCAGCGCAUCGACGAUGUGUCGCUGAUGUGCGACAAACGCAUUGCGAGUCUCAAGAAGUUGGCACUGAAACCACCGCGUCCUGUGCAACAGGUUACACCCGAGCCCGCUGUGCCCCUGCAACCCCCGGGCGGAGCGCCCCACCUCCUACGUCGUAAACAAAUAAAGACUGGCAUACAUGAGCUGCGACCCAGAUCUAUGGACGGUGUCAUUGACUCGGGCUCGCUGAAUAGCGACACCAGCUCGAGUCCAGACAACGGCGAACAUGCAAUGCAGAAUCAACAGGAUGCUGAGGCGCGGCGACUUAAGCGGGGCCAUGUACUCUCUGAGCUGCUGGAGACGGAGCGCAUCUAUGUGAAUGAAAUGAGUUCGAUUCUAAAGGGCUACUGCGACCAAAUGCAGUCCGAUGAGCUAAUGCAUCUGGUGCCCGCCAGUCUGCAGGGCAAGGAGGAGAUACUGUUUGGCAAUCUGCACGAGCUCUACACUUUUCACAACGAGGUCUUCCUCAAGGAUCUAGAGAACUGCAUAUCCACCACCGAGCUGGUGGCGCUUUGUUUUGUGCAAAGGCGUGAUACCUUCUAUCGACUGUACUCGUUCUAUUGUCAGAACAUACCGCGCUCUGAACGUUUGCGUGAGACGCUCGUAGAUACGCAUCUCUUUCUGCAGGAAUGCCAAAAGCGUUUGGGCCACAAGCUGCCGCUGGCCGCGUAUCUUCUGAAGCCUGUACAACGCAUCACCAAGUACCAGUUGCUACUGAAGGAUCUGCUGCGCUUCAGCGACAGCGGCAGCUGCACCAAGGAGCUGCAGAAGGCACUCGACUGCAUGUUGAUUGUGCUCAAGUGCGUCAAUGAUUCCAUGCAUCAGGUGGCAAUCACCGGCUUCCCAACCGAUCUGGCGCAGCAGGGUGAGCUAUUGCUGCAGGACUCGUUCCAGGUGUGGACGGAAUCGAAGAAGGACAUACGACUGCGCAUCAAGCCACAGCAACGUCACAUCUUUCUCUACCAGAAGUCGCUGCUUUUCUGCAAGCAAACCUCAAAGACGGGUCACAACAAGAGCACCUAUCAGUUCAAGCAUCACGUUAAGAUGUCACAAAUUGGUCUUACCGAGUCUGUGCGUGGCGACACAAAGCGCUUCGAGGUCUGGCUCCAGGGUCGUCAGGAAGUACACACGAUGCAGGCGCCAACCCUAGAUGUGAAGAACAAAUGGGUGGCGGAGAUCAAGCGAGUGCUGCUCAAUCAGCUCGAAGAGUUGAAGGGCGAGAAAAUCAAACAGUAUGGCCUCAAUCAUCGUGGCCUAAAGCAGACCACCUCCUGGGAUACUCCAAAUAUUAUACUGAGCUCAGCCAGUCGCACAAUCAGCUGUGAUGCCUCCUCCGAAUCCUCCAAUCGCAACUCUAACUGCAGCACCGAAGAGAAUGGUUCGGCACCAGUUGGUGGCACCAAUUCCAGCGGCAGCGGCAUUGGAGAUCGUGAGCAUCAAGAAGCCUGUGGCUGGAGCUCUGAUUACUCCAACAGCGAGGACGAGUUGUCCCUGAACGAAGACAAUAGCACGCCGGGCAGUAAAUUCAUUGCCCUGGCUGAUUAUACGGCUAUGGGACACUCGGAAGUUUCGAUGCGAGAAGGCGAAGCUAUCGAGCUACUGAAAGUGGGCUGUGCCGGCUGGUGGUAUGUGCGUGUCUUAGAUUCCAAUUCAGAAGGUUGGACCCCAGGAGCGUAUUUGGAAUCGGUCAAUCGAAAAUCGUCUAGAUCAUCGAGCUGCAAUCAGGAGCGAAUAAAUCUAAAAUAAACAACAAGUAAUCGUCAACGUCAUCUCUCUAGCAAACUAUCUCCGUUUACCUAUCUCCAUUUAACCGAAUUACGAAUACUCUGCAGAGCACGCUAUCAAAACUUAAUCUAUCGCUUAGAUAGACAACAGCAUUUGAGCUUCUAUCGCCUACAUAUUUAAAUCAAAACUAUAACCACAGACUAUGCUCUCCUCAUCGAGACUCUAAGUAAUAUCUACCUUCUUCUCUCAGCCUUCAUUUCGCCUCAAACAAAAAAAAAACCCCACAGCCAUUGGGCCUUGUAAAAGUGUAUAUUGUGGAUACAAAUAGGAAAACUCUAAAGUAUUUCUUGUUAAUAAAUUAUUAUAAUUAUACGCUAAUCUACUUAAAGCUUACAUUUAAGAAUUCCUACGAUUAUGUAGCUUCUAGUAUCUAGUCCAUAGUACUAUUAUAUGUAUGUAUGUUAAUAUGCUGACAAAUGUACCUAUGUACAUUCAUAUGUACAUACGAGUAUUGAAGUAUGUAUGUACAUACACUCUAGUAUUUUGAGGACUGUUACAAAGAUUGUUAAGGACCACGCGUCGAAUACUUCUUGGAUUCGCAUUGAUGUCAAAAGAUCAAAUUGUUUUCGAUUAUUAUAAAUAUUCAAAUAAUAUAUUUAUGUACGAUUAAAUUAAUAAAGCCCCACAUAGUUAUCUAAACUAAGAACAUAAAAUAUGUAUCUAUAUAUAUUUAAUAAAUAUCCCAAAAUAAAAUA